AUGGCCGCCGAAAGAUCGAACGUUUCCAGCGACCUCAUCUGGCAGCUCACCCGCAACCAGAACGCUUACCUGGUUAAGCGUAACAGCAAUGGCGGCGUUCAGUUCUCGCGCGAUCCCCUCAACGUGCUGAACAAGCACUCUUUCAAGUACGCCGGAUACUCCAACACCAAGGCCGUUGGUGUGCAAGCCACCGAGAACGGCGGCGUUAUCACCAUCACCAAGAAGCCUGGUACUUCCCAGCAGCCUGCUAAGAGCCUCGCUUCCGUGACCUACGGCCCUGGCGCGUCCAACCGCAAGAUAUACAAGGGUGUCGCUGACCGGACUGCUAAGGGCGGCUACCGUGCUGACCUUCGUCAAGAGGCUGUUUCCCGCGUGAGCGCCAUCCGCCGCUCCCAGAAAGCCAAGAAGGAGACCCCUGCCAGGAAGCCCCGCGGCGCUCAGGCCAGGAAGGCCGCUGAGCAGGAAUCCGCGUAA